AAACUCCGUAAACCAAUAUGGGAACAAGAAGAAGAACGCAGGACCUCCGAGAAUGGACGAAUCUCACUCGAACGUGAAACAAACAUCGGAGAACCCCGACGACCCUCCCAACAGCCGCCUUUUCUUGGUGACCAGUCGCUCCGUCACCGAAGAUGAGCUUCGGGACAGGUUCUCACAGUUCGGCGACAUCCAGGGCAUUUGGGUUGUCAAAGACAAGCAGACGAAGGAAUCCAAAGGCAUUUGUUACAUCAAGUUCGCCAAAUCGUCUCAGGCCUGCCUGGCUAUGGAGGAAAUGCACGGAGAAGUCCUGCUGGACGAAAAAAAGCCAAUCAAGGUGUUUAUCGCACAGUCACGCUCAUCUUCCAGCCACAGAGAUGUGGAGGACGAGGAGCUGACGAGAAUCUUCGUUAUGAUUCCCAAAACUUUCUCUGAGGAAGAUCUGAAGAACACUUUUAAAGAAUAUGGUGACAUUGAAUAUUGUGUCAUCAUCAAGAACAAGACUACCGGUGAGAGUAAAGGUUUAGGCUACGUGAGAUACUACAAACCCUCCCAAGCAGCCCUGGCCAUUGAGAAUUGCAAUAAAGCUUACAGGGCCAUCCUGGCGGAACCUCGCUCCAAAACUGCGGCCACAGAGGAUUAUAACAACAGGAGCGACUACUCGGGAGGUGUUGACUCUAUGAACAUGCAGUCCUUCAACAUGGCCGUGCCAGCAGAGUCUGUCAGCUACACAGUGACAGAUUACCACAGUGGUGGCAACGGCCCCGACAUGACCUGCUGCCUGAUGGUGUCCACCCGCGCCGGGCUCACUCAAGAGCAGAUAUUUGCUCUUUUUGACCUAAUUCCUGGGAUGGAAUACUGCGAACUGCAGCGGGAUGCCUACGGGAUAAGCAAAGGUCAAGCAAUGAUCCGGUACAGUACAUUUGAAGCCGCACUUUACGCUAAAGAAAAAAUAAAUGGAUUUGAGUAUCCACCAGGAAACAGACUGGUUGUCAAUUUUAUGGACAAUGGAGAAGAUCAGAGCAGUUCAGUAGGUAGGAUGGCAAUGCAGUUUGUGGCCACACAGAUGAUGUCAUCAGGGUGGAAUGGGCCCUCCAACAGCCAAGCCGGCAAGCAUCCUUCCGCUUCUCACCUGGGAUUUAGUGGGCCUCCAGCUCCCCGAAUUCAAACAGACGUGAGCCUGCCGCCCCUCAAGAAGUUGGCGCCUCUUGACUGUGUGCCUAAAGAGCGCUUGUUUGUGGUGUUUAGCCCCGCCCCCUUGCCCAUUGAUGUGCUGGAGAAUGUUUUUGGACGCUUUGGCUCCUUGAUGGAAGUCUACUUGGUGGCAGGCAGGAAAGUUGGUUACGUGAAGUACGCAGACAAGCAGUGUGCUGACGAUGCCAUGGCGGCACUCCACGGUCACACGGUCAACGGCGUGAAGAUGAAGGUGAUGCUCGCUGAUCCUCCCAGAGAAGAAUCACACAAAAGACUCCGCACGUACUAGGAUGCCAGCACGUGGAAGGCGACUGUUUGUCAUGACAAAACGACCCCUGACCUGACAGACCCAACGACGACCCACACAGACGGAGACUCCUUGACACGACCUUUGACACCUGUCUGACCUUUUACUCCUGUUUGCUGACCUUGCCCUGACCUUCGAUGGGCCAGACCGUGUGUUUAAAUGGGUUUGCAUUUCAAGCUGCUGUGAGAUAUGAGGGAAUACUUCACAGGAGACACAUUUGUUUGUCACGUAUUUACAUGAAAAAAGUUGACUUUAGCUGAUAGCUUUGAGUUUGCUAAUUGUAAUGUCUACUUCAAUUUUUCUAUGUUCAAAUGUAUUCUCGCUGUGACAUCCUUCCAAAAGGGAAUAAAACCUCAAAUCAACACUGUGUCUUUUUGUGUAAAUGUUUCAGUGCUAUUUGUGAUGUGAAGUGAAUGGCAGCUAUUGCGUUGUUUUGUUAGUAUUUACAACACAUUACUCAAUUGUUAUUUCUACAAUAAACCCUUUACAGGGCAAUUGUGUAAUGGGUUGUAAAUGCUAACCAAACUUUUUUAGGCCAGACCAGCUUUUAUGCCAGUUCUAAAUUAUAGCACUGGUCAACAAAAAAAAAUGUUGCAUUAGUGCAAACACCUAUUACAGUGAUCCCUCGCAACUUUGCGAUUCAAACUUGGCGCCCUCAGUUCAUUGCGGAUUUUUUUUAAAUUAAAAAAAUACAGUAUUUUAUUAUAGAGCUGUCCCGAUCCGAUCACGUAGUCUCAUUCUCCGUCCUGUUGCUUUUUUUGGUCGGGCAGUGCACUGGAAUUGUUUGUUAACGAUGAUUGAUAGGCAUUAAGGUUUGAUCUUGCCAGAGAAGCUUGGAAGCCGAAACUUCAAGGUGCCACAUGUCAAUUAAUGUUUAUCUUGUUAAACUUUGGCUGUGGCAACUCGUGGUAAGUGAGCAGUGUGAGCGGAUUUGAAUGGACUCACUCAAUUAAGCAUUUAAUAAAGACAAGCAUCUUUUUUUUUGUUUGAAAACAAGUCGGUGGGACAGUAACAUGUUGAAAACAUUCAUUUUCCAUGCCGCUUUUCCUUACGAGGGUCGUGGAGGUGCUGGAGCCUAUAAAGACCAUUUAUUAAUUUAUAUAUUUUUUACUUGGGGGGAAAAAAAGUUUUUUAAAAAAUAAUAAUUUGUAUCUCUUGCCGAUACUAAAUCUGAAUAAAUGCAUUCAACACAAUUUUUUUUUUUAAUUGGGGGGGCGCCACUUUGCGUUUUUUCACUUAUCGCAGCGGGUUCUGGUUAAUUGCAAAAAAUGAGGGCUCACUGUAUCAUGUAAUUUUGGGGUGUUGGAUUGAAAUCUUAGUUUUUUUCUUUCUUUUGUAAGCUUUUUUUUUUUUUUUCCAAACGGAAAAUUAAGCCAUAUUUUUGACAAAGUCUAUAUAGCUGCCACUUAAAAAGACCCAAAUUAACAAUAUGUAGCAAAAAGACCUGUUCUGUCAUGUUUUGGACAACAGCAGAAUGUGACGUACUGCACUGCACUGCUUCCAGAGUGCUUAGAUAUGUGAAAAUCAGUCAACGAUGGCAAAUUAAUGGUGAUUUAGAAAAUGUAUACAGCUCUACAAAGGACUUCUAAGUUAAACGUGCAUUUGGUAAAAAUCUAUAAGAAUAUAAAACCCCAUAGCAUGAAGCAUACAGGAAAACUGAUGACAGAUUUGAAAAGUGACUAAAAAUGUUAACUCAUGUAAGGGGGAAAAAAUGUUGGCCAUUUUUAAACUGAAAAACAUUCUAAUAUUAAAAAUAUUUCAUAGUUCGUUUAAACAGAGAAGACUAGCUGCGACUGCUCACAUUUCAGUGCCAUUGAUUGCGAGACGUCCGCUCCAUUUUGACUUGGAGGGCUGUCGACAAUCAUUUGCUUCCAGCCUCUCCCAAUCAAAAUGGAUCGGACGUUUAGUGCUGUCACUGCGGUCAGUGGUGGCCAAUGACUUAAAUGAGUGCCUCUUAAACUGAAAGGAGACAAUUAGGAUGCACAGUAUAUUUAUUCCUGCUCAAUGACAUCAGUGAACAUAAUUUACAAUCACGUUGCUUAUUUGUGGUGAGGGGAGACCCCUCUUCCCCCCAUCCUCCCUUUAGCGCAACAUUCGCUCAUUCAUUCCUAACCAACGUAAUGAAGAUGGAUCUAAAGGUUAAAUACAACGGACAAUCUUGUUUUGGUACGAGAACAGACUCAGCUUCUUAGAACAGAAUCACCGCUGUUCGUUUCGUCCACGCUUCCUCGUCACGUGGAAAAAUGGAGGGGUCGGAGCCAGGAAGUCAUGUGACUAGGCUUUUAUUACAGCGUCUUUGCGACUUAAAAAUCAAACUCAAAGUGUCCAUGCAUCCAUCUGUCGGCCCUUUUCGUCGUAUUGUCGUCCAGCUCAGUCGUCCAGUGCCAGCGUGUUGAGCUCCUCGUCAAGCUCCUCUAGAUCUUCCCCGGUGAACAAGUUCUCGUCAACUGGGACAUCUUCUUCCCCUCCUCCAGCCUCCCCGCCUCCCUCAGCCCCCGACGGCCCGUUGGUCUCGGAACCGCCGCACGCUCCGUUUAGCUGGUCUGCGAACCAUGCAUAAAAAAUGUUAGAACACUCUCGCGCUUUGGCUCGCUGUGCUUUUCUUACCGUUGUCCUGGUCCUUUUUACUCCUGGAGGUGAAUCGGUCCACGGCUGCCACAGUGAUUCCCGUAUUGUCCACUUCUUGAGGAACAAAGCGCGAAAGGUCGAUGUCCUGGACCUGCGUAGUGUCGGUCUCCUGAUCGCUGUCGUCAUUCACGUCCUCGUCGCCUUCCUUGUUGGCGUAUCGAGUAUCGUCCGCCUCGUCGUCGUCGUCAUCCACCAGUUCCGGCCGGAACUCAAAUACUUCACGACCGCUGACCAUCAGCGACUUCCCGGCCUUGAAGUCGGCUUUUUUCUUCUCCAUCUCCUCCUUGGCUUUGGCCA